GUGGUGGACGUAUUCUGUGAACCAGACGGUCCAGUGCAGAUCCUCGUGAAACUGCCCCAGAAUGGAUCGAUCAAGCAAUUUGAUCGUCCUCGCGACCAGUCAUUGCAGAAGACUUUGCAACGGAUCUCUUUGACUUUGAAGAAAGGUCCAAAGAAAAAGGGCCGGGGCAAAUUUCGGCCAUGGGAAGAUGGGGCAAAAGGUGCUGGUGCGGAAAGAGCCGGUGAGUCUGCGCCGGAGAUCAACUGCCUGUUGGAUGAGACGGGACAUGAAAUCGAAGAUUUGCCAUUGGCAGAUGCCUUCACAUCAGCCAGAGCACCAUCCUUGCUGAAGCUCAGUGGCCGCAACUAUCGCGUGCGCCUCAACCGGCCCAUGGUGAAGUCCAUCACUUGCCGUGGCCAACCCAUGGUGGGAUAUCGCUUAGUUCCAGCAGGAACAACGGCUCAGUGGAAUGUGGAAGAUCUUCCCCAUUUGCGCUGGGAAUGGCGAAAUGGUUCCGGAGAGUUGCUUGCAAAAACGCGUUGCUUCACUCCUACGAAGGCGGAAGUUGGGACAUCGUUAAAAGUCAUUGCACGACCUCCUUUGGCCAAAGACGCCGAGAUGAGCAAAGUCUUGGGAGUGGAUGAUGAAGAGGCUGCCGCCCACUUGAUUUUUGACCCAGUGCUGGAGGCGCCUUUUCCACCAAGUUUGGCAACAGAGCGCAAUGAGGAGAUGCAAAAGCAAAAACAGAGAUGUCAAGAAAGCGACCACUGCUUCAGGGUUGUCAGCUACAACAUGCUUGCAGAUUCUUACAGGCACUUCUGGGAUCACAUUUUCCCAUACUGUGCAGCCGAGACCUUGAGACCAGAGAGAAGGCUCCAGUUGUGUCGCCAAGAGGUUCAGACCUUCAAUGCAGAUAUUCUGGCGUUGCAGAAAGUGGAUGCUAUUUGGUACAAGGCCAUCCGUCAAAUACCACUCGUAUACUAUGACAUCAAGGCAUGGGAGAACGAACACGAGAACGUCUUCUCCCUCUUUCGACAAGGUUGUUUGGAUGGUGUCAAGUCCAACAUCCUGGAAGCAGCUCUGUACAACAAUCGACAAAUUGAAGAUGCAUGGCUCUUCUUGUUGGAAAUGAGACGGAGGCACAAGAACCGACGGAAGCACGUCCAAGAAUGCGCUCGAGUCCUGGGUGCUUCCUACAAUUGGUCAAUCGUCCUUGAAGGUUCCAGGAAGAUCCUUGAGGCAUUGAACGAUUUGCCCGAGGAGAUUUGCACAGAAAUCCUGGAAGACGCAAAUGCACAUGAUCUUCUUCGAAGCAUCUACCCCAACCGACGUCGAAGACGUCAGGAUGAUUGGCUCGUCAGCAGCCCCAGCAAUUCGCCUACGAAUGGCUGGAGUGAUUCAGACCCUUCCUGGAUUGGUAAGGACAACACACCAGGCCCUGAUGCAUGGUCUAGUGAUGCUUGGCCUGGAGAGCAACGAACUCCAAAGAACCCCUUCAAAUUUCCAGAUGCGUCCGCAGCACCUGGCCCUGCACAGCAACCUUUCGCACCAGCACCAGAAUGGCCUGACCAGCGACAAGAACGACCUCCUCAAGCUGCUCAAGCUCCAGGCCGGCCUGAUGUUUUCCCUCGAGGGCGCUUUCCCUCCGAGAAGUCGUCUUUUGGGAGGCCGCUUGGAAGACCUUCUGGCCCCUGGCCUCGUUUGCAGCGAAGGAACCCACCCAGAAAAGUGCAGUCCACGAGUAUCACGAGUCAGGUUCCAAAUUUGUUAUCGCUUCCACCAAGACAUCCAAGACGGCGUGGAGAGGUUUGCAAACUGUUGCCAGUGCCUUUGCUAAAACAACGGCCACCCCGUGUUUUGGUGGAGAUGCCAAGCAGGAUGUAUCCUUUGCCAUGCAAGCCGCAUCGGUACAAUUUUGCUCCGAUUUGCAAAAUCCGAGGUCGACUUCGAGUGGAGCCAUGUGGUGGUUUGAAGAUCCUACAAAUGCAAGGGAAAGUGAGGCUACCAAGAAAGACAGCGGGGGGCAAUGGUAUGCAACUGCCAGCUGCCAAUCCCACAUCGGCGGAAGGCCUCAACACACCAGCAGCUCCACAUCAACAAGUCACGUUGCCAUGCAAACCGCAUUGGUAUAAUUUUGCUCCAACUGGUAAGAUUGGAGGCACACCCAACACGGCACCGAUUCUCUUGCUGGUUGUGCCGCAUUUGGUGACUGUCAUCGAGUUCACCCGCUGUGUACAUCGUGUGGUCUCAAUUGCGACGGGUUUCUGUGCACCCGGCAGACUUCAGGUGGAGCCAUAUGGUUUCAAGAUUGAGCAAUUUCAAGGGAAGCCAAGGGUACCAGCAGAGACAAGUGGGCCCGGCGUUUGGCAACUUCCAGCUGCUAAUCCACCUCAAAUUCCCUCAAAAGGACCUGGUGAACGCGGAAAGAAUAUAAAGAAUCCAAGGAUCAAAAAACCGUCGCCUCACCCUCGUCGCCGUGGUCAAAGCGGAUACUUGACCUCAACCUUGGGAGGUCCUUGGUGGAAGAAAGACCAGAAACCUCUCGUGGUGGAAACUUCUGACACGCCGGAACGCUAUUACGCUCCUUUCUACAUGGAACGUGUGGAUGUGCCAAUGGAUGAUGUGCCGGAAGUCAGAGAAGGGUCACGAGAGCGUUCCAAGUCCAGAGAACGUUCCAAGUCACCUGGGCAUGAUGCCUCGAGCCGUGAACCAACACCUGGACCGGGCCACUACAACCCAGAGCAUCCCGCGAUUCGUGGAAGGAUCCCUGGCCGUGUACCUGGAAUUUCGAAGAUCCCCCGUGAUGAGAACAUUCGACUUGCCGUUGCGCUGAAUCUCACAAAGGAAUGGACCUCGAUCAAAAAAGAGCAAGCUGCGGAAGAUUGGACAUCAAGAGCUUUCCGGCUUUUGGAGCUGACGGAGCUUCCACUCUCACAACUGCCAAGGAGUGGUGUCGUCCAAGUGCCUGACGAAGUUGCCAGACUGACUUCGAUUGAUUCGGCUGUGGGUGCUUUGCUUGGGCGAUUGCCAGAACUGGAGGAUAUAUUCCCAAGGCUAGGUACUGUGGCACAAUUGGCUCUCUUGCGCAGUCAGGAUGGAGAGCGUCUCAUCUUGGUUUGCAACACUCACUUAUACUUUGCCAACUAUGCGAGGCACAUCAGGGUGCUGCAGGUGGCUCUCAUCCUUGCAGAGGCAGAAGCCAUCUCUAAACGAGCAGAAGAAGAGUUUGGUCAGCAACCGGCCCUGCUUUUCCUUGGUGACCUGAACAGCGAGCCCGACACGGCAGCGACUGCUCUUUUGCAAGAAGGCUAUGUGUCUGCUGCGCAUCCAGACUGGGCAAAAUGCGCCUCCUUCCGUUGGGGCCAUGCUUCCUCCCGCAAGGCUGCCAAAAAGAUGCUGGCCGCCUUGAAGACUGGAAGGCCAGAGGCAUAUCGCGCUUUGAGAGAGGCUGAUGGCAUGGAUGACCUUCGCAUCAGCAUGGAGCGCCUGCAGCGUUCUCGUGCUUGCAUGGCAAAGUUGGGCAUUGCAGAGGAGGAGGAGGAGUCAGACGAGGAUGACGAGGAAGUUGAUGACUACGAUGAGGAAGAGGGAGAAAGUUUGGGUACUUCACCCUGGUCUGCGCUUGAGCAGAAACUCGAGGCCCGGGCAACCUUCAAGACCUGUGCAGCGGUGGCCACAGCACAGCUGGCGUUGGACCUUCAGCUCAGUACGGAGCCCGUACUGGAUGUCGAAGAACUUGGUUUCGAUGCUGUCAAAGAUGCAGCAGAUCGCUUGGCCCAGGUGGUCCAGCAGAAGAUGAAUGACGUGGUAGAGAAGCAACGAGCUUUAGCAGAGCAGCUGGGGGACAGCGAUUUGCAGCCUGCUUUAGCAGGCUUGGGUUUGCAGCUUCACUCCCCGUUCAAGCUCAAUUCCGCCUGCGAGUCUGAGUUCACCAACUUUGUAGGCAACUACGAAGCAUGCCUGGAUUGGAUUUUCUUCUCUGCCAAUCACUUGGAGAAGGUUCGGCCAUCAGAAUAG